ACGCGCGAACAGCGAUUACUCGCGCCGUACAACCGCGAUUAAUGUUUUCGCUUAAGAAGUUGCUGAUGCUUGAACAUCGUGCACGUUAAUAUCUCAAAAACGAGGCAGGAUUCUGAAUGGAAAGGAGUGACUACGCAGCACAGUGUCGUGACCUGCCGGGAUCCGUGAAGGGUGCAUCAUGAGCCAAGUGGACGAUCUCGCUGAAAGGUUCGCGCAGCAGAGUAUCAUAGUCAACAGAAGCUGGCUGCAAGCUUGUGCCCGACAUGUUCAGGAGGAAAGUGCCGCUCCCGAGCAAAUAGCGACGUUCGGCGGCGACGUGUACAAGCAAGUCUACUACCAGUUGCUCGUGACAAAUCUGUGGGAGUUGGGGAUGAGUUGCCUGCCGGAUAGCGCACUCGCCGCUCACAAGCUUAUGCUCAAGGGCUCAUUUUUUCUCCAAGUGGAUUGCGUGCGAGACAUUAGUCAGCCGGCGUACUCUCAGCUGCUUAAAAUCACAAAAGCCGAGAAUCCGAACACCGUCGUCCAGGCCGAUCCAAUCGAGAAGCCGUUUCCGUGGCAGGCGCAGCCGAAGAGGGUGCUCAAGCUUGAACUCACUGACGGCACUCUCCGGAUGCAGGCCAUCGAGUUCGAACCGGUGCCAUGCAUGAGCGCCGACAUGCGGCCUGGCAUCAAGCUCCUCAUCACGGGUCCCGUCGAGUGCCGGCGGGGCGUGAUGUUCCUGCGUGCAGACAAUGUGCGUGUCCUCGGCGGCAUGGUCGAAUCUCUCUCGGAAGGUAACAGUCGAGAGGCAGUGCUCUGUCGAGUGCUGGGUCGAGACCUCGCUCAAGUACUGGAUGGCGUGCCGCGCCCGCUAACUGCUGACCGCCCGGAAAGGGACCGCGAGGACACGAAUGAUCGCCAGAGUAUUAACGAUCGACCGCCUGAUCAUCCGGUGCGAGUUCCUGGAGCGAGUGGAUCACCGCGAAUAGACAGUGAUUUCCACAUUAUCAGCAGAGCGACGACCAUUCCAUUGGCGAACAGCAACUCGACAACAGUGCGAAUGACCUCCUCAGUGUUGGAUGUUGACCAUGAGUGGGAUAGAGCUGAUAGGGCAGGCAUGGAUCCUGAUGAUGUGUUGAUGAGCCAAAUAGACUUUGGCAAUCUAGAACCAGAAGCUGAAAUCCACGACUGCGUUGACGAGGAUGUUGACGAAGACCUCCUUCGGGAGCAGCUUGAAUUCCAAGCACAGGCUGCAGGUGAUUCAGUAUUGCAGGACACUGUUGAAACUGACGGGCACGAUACUAGUGAGCCAUACGUAGAGCCACGUUCGAGUGCUUGUACUCGCGGAGCAAGCACAAAUGACGAGCCACUGAAUGAGGAGUCCCGACAACAAAGUGUUGGCAAACGGUCCUCACCGUCUCGGCCGUAUACACAGCUUAGCUCUGUUUUGAAAGGUGGCAAGCAUCCAGACAGCUCCGAGGUUGUGAUUAUCAAGGGCUACAUUUCCACACCGACAAGCAAACUGAAGGUUGGUCCAGAAGAGACAUGGCAGCUUUCAGCCAUUGUUACCGAUGACACUGCUUCGUUGGAAGUGGAUAUCGAAAAUUCCUUGUUGGCAAAUUGGAUGGGCUUGACUGCAGCUGACGCAAAAAAGAAGUGCAAGCUGUCUUCGAAAUUCAAGGAGUUCUUUGCAGGAAAGGUGGCAGAAUGUCAAGAAAAAAUGAGGUCUUUGAAUGGGCUGCUGACAAUCAGUUUCUCUGGCAGUGAUACGAAGUUGCCUGUGUUGCUAAACUACGAUGAAUGGAAGCAAGACUGAAGCAUUUUCUGUUGAGUUGCCAUCUGUGGUGGCACGUGGGCUCUUGAUGCCAGAUUCUGUACUUGUUAUAAUGCCUUUAUUGCAGGGCACUUUAGCUAUGAACCAUAUUUUUCUGUUAAAAUGGCAAUGGCAUGAUAGACAGGGUAAUAAGUUGAAACGUUUUUAGCAGCAGUAAGAGGUAAACAAGUGUUGCUGACAUAUAAAUGUUUCAAUG